GACCGAGCAGGGGAGAGGAGCGCCGCCGCCAGGCCGCCCAACCACACCCCUCAAGGCGAUGAGGGGGGUCAAGGUCAAGCGACUCAUGGUGGCUGUUGUCGUGCUUGCGCUCGGUUCUUUGCUUGUGAGUUUUCUGGAUGUGGGUGGGGUUUUCGAUUCCAGUCGCGGUGAUUCUUCUCCAGCCUUCUUUGGCCUAAAGGCGUUGGAAGCUGGAGGCUCAUCGGCAUGGUCUCCUUCUCCAGAAGCGGGGCUGAAGCGUGGCAUCGCCGCUUCCAUCGUCCGUUCUUCCGCAACACCGGAAGCAGAGCCUCCUUCUUUGUCCCAUGGUUUCAACAGCUUUUCCAGUGCAAAACGUCAGAAGGCGGCGAUGGCGGAUGAAGGGGAUGAAGGGGUUGCACUGCGGGCGAAGGGCAGAAAGGCAUGUUCUUUUUUGUAUUUCAAAGUUUACAGAUUACUUUGCUCUAUGUCCGUGCUCCUCGGAUCCUCCUCACAGGCAUUUGCUGCAGGCCAUCGAAAAAGACGGUGCAUCACCACCACCACCACCACCACCCAAGCCAUCCGAGGAAAGACUUACCAAAAUGGUGAUCAGUGCCAUUGGAUGUGUUUUAACUGUAAUCACAUAUUGCAACCCCGUCAUUGUGUUCUGGAGCACUGGCAGUAACCUUGCAUCGACCACAGCUUUUUGCACGAUGCCUGAUUUUAUCUCAUCUGCACUGAGUACUGCAUCAUGGUUAAUGUUUUCGAUAGUACAGCUAAAUGGGAAGGACGGAAGGAUAGUUGGACUCGAGGCAGUCCUAACUAAUGCUUCGGGCCUUGCUCUUCUGGCUGUAUUUAUCACCUUUAAGCUAGUGGUAGACCAUGGCAUGGGUUUCAAGAUGUGUCUGGGAUUCCUGUGUGGAUUUGGCAUCCUCGUUGGCUUGUAUGUAUGGUUUGCUAUGUUGGUACCAGUCAAGAGAGACAGUUGCGUAGCAAAAGUGAUAGCUAUUGUCGCCAGUGUCUUUCAAGGGAUCUCCCAGGCGAUACCCAUCUACAGUGUGUGGGUCCUUUAUCGUGCACGUGCCGGUCCACCAGCCAUCGUAAUUCGCAACAUGAAACCGCUGCUGGUGUAUUCAAGGGCGUCUAGCUUUACGAUUUCGCUGUACUGGGCGAUGUAUGCGACACUCACUUACCAGCAUACGGUGUUUGAGCUUGCGAACAUCGCCAGCACAGCGAUGGGCUUUCUAUCGCUGAGCCUUCAUCUCAUUUAUGCGCUAUUCCCAGAAGAAGAUGCUCUUGAAGAGCACAAUGAGUGAAGGAGUAUGAGAGAAGAUGAGCUUGAAGAGCACAAUGGGUGAACGAGUAUGAGAGCUAGUAGUGCGAGUUUUCUUAACUGGAGAAUGCCGUUAUCAAACGAAGAUGAGAGCCGUGGUAUGUGAUCUUGAAUUUAAGAUCAGUUGGGGAGAAAUUUUGUUAGUUGACGAAGACAUAGCAAAUAUUGCCAGAUUUCGUUGUUAAGUAGGAAGAAUUUUGUGAAAGAUUUUGAACCAGCCGUUCUUGUUUCUUCAUGGUAUGCUGUGAUAGAGCCGGUCGAUUAUCUUA